CCCAUUCCAUUCAAUCGCGAACAGUCGCUGAUCAAGGGAAGAAACGAACUGGAGGAAGAAAUCCAGAGGUAUUGAAACAACUCGUGGAAAAGUGAAACAGCGGGUUAACAACUCUUACAGUCAAGGUUUAUAUCCAUUAUACUUUUGCCUGUAUAGGAUAGGCAUUUUAAAAUGAACAGUUGGGCGCAAGGAAUGAUCUAUCUGGCGGUUCUGGUGGCUUUUGCCGCCUGUGACGCCCCUCCGGUACCGUUAGAUGACAUCGUGAUUGAAAAAACGUUCGUACCGGAGCAGUGCGGGCGUGCUGUGAAAGUAGGGGAUUAUGUCCGUUACCAUUACAACGGCAUGUUCCCCGAUGGAAAGAAGUUUGACUCAAGCUAUGACCGCGGUAGCACCUACAACGUGUAUGUGGGGAAAAAGCAGCUGAUUGAAGGCAUGGACCGAGCUCUCGUGGGGAUGUGUGUCAAUGAGAGGCGACUGGUCAAGAUCCCCCCACAACUGGCCUAUGGGAAAGAAGGAUACGGUGACGUCAUCCCUCCAGAUUCCAUCCUCCAUUUUGAUGUUCUGUUGUUGGAUGUGUGGAACCCAGAGGAUGGGGUUCAGAUUAACACCUACCACACCCCGGGGAACUGCUCCAGGAAGGUCGAGGUGUCCGACUACGUUCGUUACCACUACAAUGGAACUCUACUGGACGGAACGCUGUUCGAUUCCAGCCACACCCGUCUUCGUACUUACGACACCUACGUGGGGAUUGGCUGGCUGAUCGCCGGGAUGGACCAGGGCCUCCUGGGAAUGUGUGUCGGGGAGCGGCGCAUCAUCACCAUGCCCCCGUCGCUAGGAUACGGAUCGAACGGCGACGGUAGUGAUAUCCCAGGCCAGGCCUCCCUGGUGUUUGAUGUAGUCCUGCUGGAUCUCCAUAACCCUAAAGACGGUAUCAGCAUAGACAACCAGGUUGUACCUGACAAUUGCUUGAGGAAGAGUGUGGCUGGGGACUUCAUCAGGUACCACUAUAAUGGAUCACUGCUGGACGGGACCUUCUUCGACUCCAGCUACUCCCGUAACCGAACCUAUGACACGUACGUGGGCAAGGGCUACGUGAUUGGUGGGAUGGACGAGGGUCUGAUCGGAGUCUGCAUCGGAGAGAGACGACGGAUCACCAUCCCGCCUCACCUCGGAUACGGAGAGGAGGGAACCGGCACCAAGAUCCCAGGCUCAGCGGUGUUGGUUUUUGAUAUCCAUAUUAUCGACUUCCACAACCCAUCGGACAAAGUCGAGAUCAGCACCACUUACAAACCAGAGGCGUGUGAAACACUGACUAAGAAAGGAGACUUUGUUAAAUACCACUACAACGCCUCGCUCAUGGACGGAAACUUCAUCGACAGCACGUAUAACUACGGGAAGACAUAUAACAUUGUGCUGGGAGCCAACCAGGUGGUUCCAGGGAUGGAGGAAGGGCUGAUGGAGAUGUGUGUCGGAGAGAGGAGACACCUGGUAAUCCCUCCUCACCUGGGCUACGGGGAGAGAGGAGUGGAUGGUGAGGUGCCGGGGAGUGCUGUCCUGAUCUUCGACAUUGAGUUAAUUGAGAUGGAGGUAGGAUUACCCGAUGGCUACAUGUUCAUCUGGAAUGACGAAGUUUCCGCUAACCUCUUCACCGAGAUGGAUGCAGACAAGGACCUACAGGUGUUGGCUUCAGAGUUCACAGAUUACAUCCUGCGCCAGGUGAACGAGGGUAAAGGUCGUCUUGCCCCCGGGUUCGAUGCCUACCGCAUCAUUGAGAACAUGUUCUCCAACCAGGACCGCAACGGAGAUGGAAAGAUUACAGAGGAGGAGUUCAAACUGAAGGCAGACGAGACUUCUCACGACGAGCUAUAAGACAGGGACACAGCAUUUGUAUUUGUGUGUGUGUAUAUAUGAGGGUGCUUCUAUGAAGGCAAUAUAAGACAGUGUCCGUGUAUGUACUAAGUGUGUGUGUGGUUACAGUAUGGUGGGGGGGUGGCGGAGGGUAAGAUGGUGUAGGGUCAGGUGUAAAGAUUUACGGUAGGUUAGAAGUCUAUGGAAAAACUCAGAGGUAAGGUGUGUUCUGUGACAUGGGCAUCAAAUGGUGUUUUAGUAAGCCUUUACCUGUCCAGUCUAUAAACAGAACAGAAGAUGAGAUGCCGGUUAAUGCUGAUAUGUUUCUAUUGUUGAUGAUAUACUUUUGUUUACCUCCUCUGGCAUCACUGAGUGUUUAUCCUUUCAUUAGUUCGAGGAAGUUCACGUUUAGAUGUUUUUGACUUUUCAAUAGUUUUUCCUCUACGUGCCUGAAUAUUGUGUGAUGCUAACACACUUUAAGAUGAUCUGUGGAUCAUCGAACCCUCAGUUUUUUCAGUCAUUCUUCUAUUGUUCCUGGAUUAUUUUCCAGUCAGUUGUUCAUUGAAUAUAGUCCCACUUGCAUCACAAACUGCCACAACUCCAAACUAACAUGUCUUCUACAGUAAAAGUACAGUACUUUUAUAUUUAUUGCAAUAAACACCAUGAUAGUUGAUCCGUUUGGUAGCUGCAGAACUGCAGAUACAGUGCCAUCUAUACACAUUGUGUUGUAUCCAUUGGAGCGACUGUGGGCGAGUUUUUGUAAAGUUCGGUGCUAAACUCCUUCUGUGUUCUCUGCUGUCUAAACCAAUCACAGUAAAGGACUACACAUCAGUCGUUCUGCUGCACAUUCAAACACUGAAGCCUCCUAUACUACAUGUACAUUCAUAUUAGUGCCACUAUCAGUAAUUUGUUGUCCCCCAGUCACUUGUGUUCUGAUUCAUCUAUGCUCUCACCUGAAAUGUCUUUGGCUGUGCGAGUGAGCCGUAUACGUGUGUGUGUGUGUUUGCAAUAGUUGAGUAUGUUUUAUAUCUGAUGCCUGUUUGGUGAGAGGAAUGGAUAAUGAUAACAUUAAUGAUUCCAUAAAUGUGUGAGUUUUGAAGUUGCAUUUGAAUAAAUGCAUAUUCCAACCCUUCUACAACAA